AGCAUGGAGGAGGAUUCUGUUUUCACUUGUUAACGUGGUUCCUUUUAAAACCAUGAACUUCCUUCCCAUUGAAAACCAGUUAGACAAUAGUAAGGAAUACGAUUUUUUGAAAAUACUUGUUUACGUUUCUGGCGAUGACAAUACAGCCUUCUUAACAACAUGAGCGAACGGAACAGACGGCUUGUUGUUUUUGAGAAGUUCGCUAGUCCCUCCCCGCUUUCGCCCAAUGACGUAACUGGGCAUAUACCAAUUUACCCAAGACUAGACAGAACUCACUGUCUUGCUGCCGUAACCAGGAUCCGAGUACUGUUGUGUGUAGGAGGGGUUAAAGGCGUGCCGGUGGGACUGUUAGUGAUGUCAUAAGGGACAUUCUAGACGCACCUGGUACAUUUACAGGAAAAGCCACAAUGAAAGGUAAUCAUUUUUUGCGCUCUUAGAUACCAGGGAAAAUGUACAGGACCGAACGCAAGCGAAUGAGCAGGCGUAUGAGCCUGCACGAGGUAAAGAGAAAGGAUCCUGUUUGGGUAUCAGCAGGAAGUUUGUGGCAGGACACUUUGGCUAUUGAACUUAGCACCUCGAAUAAUAAGCACAUUGUUUCACCCCGGAGCCGUACUAGGGCUGUGGAUGUCGCGUACAUUGUCACUGAAGAUGCAUCCCGGCAACAGACAGAAGAGAACUUGUCACUCAAGUGUCUAAAAGAAGCCUGCGCCGACGCACACGCGGUGUUCAAAACGAUCCCUUUUGACAGGAUAUCGCUCGGAACAACUGAUAUUCUGGAUAGCUUCUACAAUGCAGAUGUGGCAGUGGUGGAGAUGAGUGACACUUUCUGCCAGCAGUCGCUCUUCUAUCACCUGGGCGUGAGAGAGAGCUUCAGCAUGACAAAUAACAUAAUCCUGUAUCGCUACAAUCAGGAGAGUGAUCUACAAGCGCUCAAGGAGCAAUGUGGGAGCAACACGUUUAUCCCAUAUGUGGUGUCGCCCCAGGGCAAGGUGUUUGCCUGUGACGCAACAGUCAUGAAGGGCAUUAACGAACUGAUGCAGCCAAGUUUUCAGCUGGAGCCCCUGCUCACUCCGCUGGUGGAGAUUCUCGUGCAGCUUCUGGACAACGUGCACAUUCAUGCCAGCGAGUAUUUCCGUGAGUCCAUACGACACGAGAUUCGCACAGCUCGGGAGCGCUUCAGUGGCCAGGAGUUGAGUCGGGAGCUGGGCCACAUCCAGAAGAGGCUGGACACGGUGGAACUGCUUACUCCAGACGUUGUUAUGAACCUUUUGUUGUCUUACCGUGAUGUCCAGGACUAUGAUGCCAUAAUUAGUCUGGUGGAGACUCUGAACAACUUACCUAUGUGCUUGGUAGCAUCCCAGCCGAUUAUACAAUUUCACUACGUAUUUGCUUUAAACAGGAGGAAUCGUCCAGGUGACCGUGCCAAAGCCCUGGAAUCGAUUCUGCCCAUUGUGGAGUCAGGUGGUAGGGUGGCGUCGGAUGUAUACUGCCUCUGCGGUCGUAUCUACAAAGACAUGUUCUUGAGCUCUGGCUUCAAAGACACUCGAAGUCGCGACCAGGCCUGCGACUGGUAUGGAAAAGCCUUCAAGACCGAGCCCACCCUUCACUCUGGCAUCAACAACAUUGUCCUCCUGAUGGCUGCUGGCCACACAUUUCACACCUCCAUUGAGCUUCGCAAAAUGGGUGUGACCAUCAGCACCCUGCUGGGGAGAAAGGGCAGUCUGGAGAAAAUGCAGGACUACUGGGAUGUGGGCUUCUACCUGGGGGCCAGCAUCCUGGCCAACGAACACAAGAAGGUCAUGGAGGCCUCCGAGAAGCUCUACAGACUGAAGGCCCCUAUGUGGUAUGUGGGCUCGAUCAUGGAGACGUUUGUGUUGUACCGUCAGUUUACCAAGUCCCCGGAAGUGAAACUUCCUAGACAGGAGGCUGUGGACUUCUGGAUGGAACUGAUGCUGCAAGCCUGCAAGCCAACUGUUUCCACUGACCGCUGCCCAAUUCUGAUCUUGGAACCCACCAAAGUGUUCCAGCCCGCCGUUGUAUGUGUGAGUGAGGAGGAUGACAGCCGCACAGUUCAGCUAAACCACAUCGCACCCGUUAAGCAAGGCCAGAAAUCCCAGUGGACAUUCCCAGCCUCGCAGAUCCGGGGAGUGAGUGCUUCCAAGUUUGAUGAGCGAAGCUGCUUCCUGUAUGUCCUGGAGAACUCUGAUGACUUCCAACUCUACUUUCCCAGCGAGCUGCACUGUAGAGGGUUCUGUGAACUAGUUAACUCCAUACUCCACCAGGCAGAGUCCCCAGUGGAGGUCUCCAGCCAGCUAGCCGGAGAAAUACUUGAGUUUAUCUACGAGACUACAGAGAAUGGAGAAAAGGUGGUUCUGGGUAAGGGAACCUAUGGUGUGGUGUAUGCCGGGAGGGACUUAAGCAACCAAGUCCGCAUCGCCAUCAAGGAGAUCCCAGAGAAAGACAGCACUUAUUCGCAGCCUUUGCAUGAGGAGAUUGCUCUGCACAAGAGGCUGAAGCACAGGAACAUUGUUCAGUACCUGGGCUCUAUGAGUCAGGGUGGCUUCAUCAAGAUCUUCAUGGAAGAGGUUCCUGGAGGAAGCUUGUCUUCUCUUCUGCGUUCCAAAUGGGGACCACUGAAAGACAAUGAGGCCACAAUCAUCUUCUACACCAAGCAGAUCCUUGAAGGGCUGAAGUAUCUCCAUGAUAACCAGAUAGUCCACAGAGACAUCAAGGGUGACAAUGUGCUGAUUAACACCUACAGUGGUGUCCUGAAGAUCUCUGACUUUGGUACCUCAAAACGGCUAGCGGGUAUCAAUCCCUGCACAGAGACCUUUACAGGAACCCUGCAGUAUAUGGCUCCAGAGAUCAUUGACCAGGGCCCGAGGGGUUAUGGGAAGCCUGCAGAUAUCUGGUCACUAGGUUGUACCAUCAUAGAGAUGGCCACAGGGAAACCUCCCUUCCAUGAGCUGGGCAGCCCACAGGCAGCCAUGUUCAAGGUUGGUAUGUUCAAAAUUCACCCGGAGGUGCCAGCGUGUAUGUCCGAUGAGGCCAAAGCCUGCAUCAUGUGCUGCUUCACGCCGGACCCAGACAACAGGGCCACAGCCUCUGGGCUGCUCAAGAACUCCUUCCUCAAGUCCCCGUCCCGGAGGAAGUUAAAGCCCCAGACGGAAACACUGCCUACAGAUGCUGGUGACACAUAUCAACGAAGUAUGUCUGUGCCAGUGCUUAUAAGUGUAACUGACACAGACAAGGACAUUGACCGGAUUGACCUGUCAUGCUCCUGGGACCUCCGGAGAAACGCCAUCAGAAGAAAUGACACCUCUGACAACACUCCCAGGACCGCCAGCUUCUUGGUAGCACCAUCAGAACCCAGCACAGUGGACCCGAUGGCCAGCCCAGCCACAAAAGGAGAGAACAUGGGCCUGUUCCUACUAAGGAAGGACAGCGAGAGGAGGGCUACUCUGCACCGGGUCCUCUCUGAGUACAUCACUGACGUGGUGCAGAACAUCCACGACACCCUUCCUCAGCACCCCGAGGUUGCGUCUGUGACCACAGAACAGAUUUCCGAGCUGAUUGGCUGCCUGCGCGAGAACAUCCGUUCACCUGACAGGAAGAACCUGACCAACAGUCUGGUAAAACUGCGCUUCAAAAUGCUCGCCGAGGCAGUACCGCUCAACAACCUGCAGACUGUGCUCUUCAGCUUCCAGGAUGCGGUGAAGAAGGUGCUGAGACAGCAGCAGGUGAAACCUCACUGGAUGUUCGCUUUGGAUAACCUGCUCAGGCAGGCCGUGCAGGACGCCAUCACAGUCCUGUUACCAGAGCUCAAACUCCAGCUUCAGUCCCAUGAACCAGAGGACGUCAUCCCAGAGAGAGACCAGCAGCCUGGGCUUGCAGAUCACCCAGGUGACCAGGUGGUAGCGCCAGCAACAGACAUGGACAGGGUCGAACUGUCAAAGGAGGUACCAGAGAGCACCAAUUUACCUGGUGGCCUCCAGAAAACCAACAGUGUCCUGAGUCAGGAACUGAGAGACCUACGGCUGGAGACCAACAGAUUACUGACCGAAUUGAGGGAAAAGGAGAAGGAGUACCAGGAGCUAUUAAUUAACUCUGUCUGCACAAAACAGGACCAGAUCGACGCCGCCAGGACAACUGCAGACACAGAGUCGUCUCUGCCCAGAACUUAUAACCAAGAAGUCCUGGCCUUGGUUGGCUGGCUGAAGGCUAUCCCAGUAGACCAGGACACUAUAGACAAGUUACUUUCACAGAAGUUCACCUUGGAAUGUCUACUGACCAUUGCCUGCAAGGAUGACUUGAUGUACUGUGGCAUAAGGGGAGGGAUGCUGUGCCGUAUCUGGGCAGCCAUCACAACACGGAGGAAAUCGAAGCUUAAAUCACAGCUCAGCACAAACUAUGAAGAGAGCGAGGACACAAUUCUGUGAUGGGUCUUGUCCCCAUGGUCUGAUAUGCUUUAGGCUGGUCCUAAAAGCAGCUUGGAAGCGUGCGUGCGUGCGUGCGUGCGUGUGCUGUGCUGUACUGUACUGUACUGUAUCAGGAGCGAACGGAUAUCCUCAAACUGGUUAAAUCCGAAAAACUGAUGGGGACAGUUUUCUUGUCCCGAUUUUGAAAAAUGCUUGAGUGUUAAAGGUGGGCUUUGUGGGUCAAGUUAGGGUAAAGUUUAGUUUAGACAGAAGUUAGAUUGUUGAGGGUAAGGUAGGGUAAAGAUUAGUAAAGUAUGAUUUAUUUUUUAAUGGCAAUAAACUUUGGUGUCCGCAUACAGCUAAGUUAACGUUUGCAUGUCUUAAAUUGUGUUUUGUUUUCGGGAAAUAAGAUAAUCAGUUAGUGAUGCUACCUUGGUAUUUACUCAAUGUCUUUAUAUUGAAACUGAAUUGGUUACAAAAAUGUCUUAUUGUGAAUAUCUUUAUUUAACAACAAUAACCAAGACUACAUGUGUUGGAAUGUGCAGUUUGGGGGAAAGUAUUUCAAUCUCACAGCUAUGUUUGAAUUGUCAUGCCUCCACUAUUCUUUAUUGUAUAUGCCUUAGUUUAAGGUGCUGCAGGCAUCAAAAUAACUACUGUGUGUUGUGACUCAGUAAUUCUGUCUCAGCAAAAGCGAUUUUAUUUUGUAUUUGCACACUUUGUGCACUGGUCCCUGGGAGUGGUGGUGUUCAUAUCGUUGGUGUUUUAGUAGAUUUAUGUCUACAAUAUAUAGUUGGGUGCAAGUAAGGGAAACGUAAUCCCAAAUUAACCCUUCCCCACUCCACCAUGUGCCCCAAUUUUUGCUAGAGUGUAAAUGAUCAAGGAUGUGAGGGCAAAUUACACCAGUAAGUGUUGACACAAAUACAAUUACCAAGUGGCACGCCGAGCAAAUUUGUAGUGGGUAGGGGUCAGUUUGAUAUUCGCUUCCCAAGACAAUGAGUAAAUAUAAUUUUAUGUCCGACGUCUGGAGGAGGCCGUAGCAGAGCGAAAUGCGGGGAUGUUUUUGGAUAUGGCUAUUCCUUGGAGUCCAUUUAAAAACUAUAUUUUUAUAUGCUCGCUGUUAGUCUGUUGGCUGCUAUUACAUCUAUGGUACAUGUAUGUUGUCCUGAGCUGAUGAUAAAAUGUUUAUAUUUUGUGUACCGAGGCCCCAGCUUUUUUGCAGACACACACGUACUCAGCAGUGCAGUCUGGUGGAAAAACUGAUGCAACGUUGCCCACGCUGUAAGAUUCCAGACGCUUCCUCUGUCUGUUUUGCAGUGUUGACAUCCCCUUGGAGACAAGUGCUUGGGCCUUCCUGUUGUCCAAGGCUGUAGUGCUUGUGUGUUUGUGUUAAUUCAUUCAAUUGUCAUACUUCUGUUUUCUCAAUGCCCCCCUCUGUAUUUGGUGACAGUCAAUGUUUUUUUUUGCAAUCUUGAAUAAGUGAUGAAACUGUUUGAGGGUCAUGUGACAUAUGAGUCAACUGAAGCACUGUGUCAUAAAGGAUAUUACAUAAUUUA